GCCGCCAUGUACCUGGGCGAGGUGCUGGGCCCGCGGGGCGAGCGCUGGGAGAUCCAGCUCAAGGGCGCCGGCCUCACUCCCUUCUCCCGACAGGCCGAUGGUCGGAAGGUCCUGCGGUCGAGCAUACGGGAGUUCCUGUGCAGCGAGGCCAUGUUUCACCUAGGAAUACCAACAACAAGGGCUGGGACGUGUGUGACAUCUGACUCAAAAGUCGUCCGUGACAUAUUUUAUGAUGGGAAUCCAAAAAGUGAAAGGUGUACAGUUGUUCUGAGAAUAGCUUCUACGUUUAUAAGAUUUGGUUCUUUCGAAAUCUUUAAACCUACCGAUGAAUACACAGGACGCAAGGGUCCCAGUGUUAACCGAAAUGAUAUUCGAAUACAGAUGCUUGAUUAUGUGAUCAGCACUUUCUAUCCAGAAAUCCAGGAGGCUUAUUCAGACAACAGUAUACAGAGGAAUGCUGCUUUCUUCAAAGAGAUAACAAAGCGGACAGCGAGGUUGGUUGCUGAAUGGCAGUGUGUUGGGUUUUGCCAUGGGGUGCUGAAUACGGAUAAUAUGAGCAUAGUUGGACUAACCAUUGACUAUGGCCCUUUUGGAUUUAUGGACAGAUAUGACCCUGAGCACAUUUGCAAUGGUUCUGAUAAUACAGGGCGCUACGCUUACAACAAGCAGCCAGAGAUUUGCAAGUGGAACCUGGGGAAGCUUGCUGAAGCUCUAGUUCCAGAGCUGCCCUUGGAAAUAAGUGAACUCAUUCUGGAAGAGGAAUAUGAUGCAGAAUUUGAGAAACAUUAUUUGCAGAAGAUGAGGAAGAAACUAGGCCUAAUCCAGCUGGAAUUAGAGGAAGAUAGUAAGCUGGUGUCUGAACUCCUUGAAACCAUGCAUCUCACAGGUGGAGACUUCACAAAUAUUUUCUACUUGCUGAGUUCAUUCUCAGUAGAUGAUCCUUCAAAGUUGGAAGAUUUCUUAGAAAAGCUCACAAGUCAGUGUGCUUCUGUGGAAGAACUGAAAGUUGCUUUCAAACCGCAGAUGGAUCCAAGACAACUGUCAAUGAUGCUGAUGCUGGCUCAGUCUAAUCCUCAGCUGUUUGCCUUAAUUGGAACAAAAGCUAAUAUAAAUAAAGAAUUAGAACGUAUCGAACAAUUCUCUAAACUGCAGCAGUUAACAGCAGCUGAUUUACUAAGCAGAAAUAAAAGUCACUGGAAAGAAUGGCUAGAGAAAUACAGAGUCCGUUUGCAAAAAGAAAUAGAAGGUGUUGGUGAUGCUGAUGCAUGGAAUGCUGAUCGUGUGAAGGUCAUGAAUUCAAACAAUCCAAAAUAUAUCUUGAGAAAUUAUAUUGCCCAGAAUGCCAUAGAAGCCGCUGAAAAUGGGGAUUUCUCAGAGGUAAGAAAUGUACUGAAACUCUUGGAAAAUCCAUUUCAAGAAGCAGAUGGCUUCAGCGAGGUAAAGGAAGAUGCAGAAGAGGAGGGAGCAACUGCUACAGCAGCUGCUUGUGCUCAAGAGACCAGAAGCAGACCACCAUAUUGCAGUAAACCUCCGCUGUGGGCUUCGGAGCUCUGUGUUACAUGA